UUCACCCUUCCCAUAUUUUUGCAUUUUAUCAGAAUUUCAUUUAAUGGGAAAACGAAGGGGUACAUCACCAGUAAAAGCGUUAACCCAAUGGUUUCAAAGACGAUCUUUUAUUUUUAAAUUUAUUUUGGGAGCCAUAAUAACCUUGUUUAGUUUGGUGGCAUUAAAAUUAAGUGUAAGAAAUCAUGAUAAUCUUUUUGUUGCCUCUGAAAUUGUUCAUGCUCUUGGGAUUUUGAUCUUGAUUUAUAAGCUCACCAUUCAUCGAUCUUGUUCUGGGUUGUCACUAAAAUCUCAAGAACUAACAGCUAUAUUUUUAGCUGCAAGACUUGUAUGUAGUGUUAUGAUUGAAGGUGACAUUCAUACAUUUCUGGACUCCUUAACUCUGGCUGCUACUAUUUGGGUGAUUUAUAUGUUACGAUUCAAGUUGAAUGCUUCUUAUAAUAAAGAGCUCGACACCAUGCCCCUCUACUAUGUGGUUAUACCUUGUGCCAUACUAUCAAUUUUCGUGCACUCUCAAUCACUUUGGCCUCUUUUAGCUCGUGUUCUUUGGUCGUUUUGUCUGUGCGUUGAAGCCAUUUCAGUGUUACCUCAACUUCGGUUUAUGCAAAACGCAAAGAUGGUUGAAUCAUUUACAGCUCAUUAUGUUUUCGCCUUGGGUAUUUCAAGGUUCGUGGGAUGUGCUAACUGGAUCUUUAAGAUAUACGAAACAGGUGGAAAAUAUCUAGUGUUAGCAGGCAAAGGACAUCUUUAUAUACUGCUAAUAUUAGUUGCUGAGAUUGUUCAAACUUUCAUAUUGGCAGACUUUUGUUAUUAUUACAUCAAGAGGUAAAUUACGAA